AUGGACGACAAAACCAUCGCAGCAGCAAAGCUCCCCGUGAAACGAACCUCAACUCACAUCUAUUUCUUCGGCUACGAAGGCCCCGAUCCAGAAGUUUGUUUCCAGCAGUGGUUCCCAAGCCAUUUCGAAGAUGGAGAUCUCAGCUUUCGGACAAGUGAACAUUACAUGAUGUAUCGAAAAGCAGUCUUAUUUGGUGACCAGGGAGUAGCGGAUAGGAUAUUAGUUGCUCAGACACCCGGGGAGGCUAAGACGUUGGGUAGAGAGGCUGGUCCGUUCGAUCAAGCGAAGUGGGAUAGUUGUUGUGAUGAUAUUGUUGAGAAGGGGAAUUAUCUCAAAUUUAGUCAGAAUGAGAGUUUGAAGAAGAUUCUGCUGAAUACGGGGGAUAAAAUUAUUGUGGAAGCGAGUCCUAGUGAUCGUAUUUGGGGUAUUGGGUUUGAUACUGAGAAUGCGGAGGGAAAUAAUAAGGACUGGGGCCAGAACAAAUUGGGAGAGGCUUUGAUGAGAGUGAGGAAAAGGUUGAGAUCGUCAGAAAGUAAUUAG